AUGGCUUCAACCCACACCAUACCCGCCAUGAAAGCCUCUGGGAUCAUAGUCAUGGGAACCCGUAUAUCAGACCAACCACUCGUUGCCGAACUUGCCACAAAAUAUGGAGUGUACGACCCCAAAGUUCCUGAAGAGAAUAGGGGUAAAGUGAUACCAAGCUUUGGCUACCAUCCUUGGUUCUCGUAUCUGAUAUGGGAUGACUCCCGUGAGGACCUUCAGAAGCUCUCGGUAGAAGACCGCAAAGUUGCGCAUUACCAGAGAGCACUGACGUCUAAUCCACCCAAUGAGCUUAUUGCUAGCCUACCGGAGCCCAGGAAGCUCUCUGAGGUUAUAAGUGAGCUCCGGGGGAAUCUAGAGAGAUUCCCAGUGGCUCUUGUGGGAGAAAUUGGGCUCGACAGAGGUUUUAGAAUACCAUUCCCGAAUGAUGAGUUACACGAACCUGCUCAAGUCGAUCAUGAUGAUGAAGAGCAGGAUGGGAAGAGGUUGAGCCCCCAUAAAAUUUCGAUGGAGCAUCAAAAGCGAGUGUUCGUAGCACAACUUAAGCUGGCUGGAGAGCUGCAGAGAGCUGUUAGUGUGCAUGGAGUUCAAUGUCACGGUGCGCUGUUUGAUACUUUCAGGGAGCUGUGGAAGGGCCAUGAGCUUAUUGUUGAGAGUCGCAAAGAGAUGAAACGCCGAAGGAGGAAGGGGCAAGAUGGACAUCAAUAUCUUCCAGAUUUUGGUGAUGAUGAAGAGGAUAGUAGUGAUAACAACGAGGGUGAAGAUGAUGAGUUUGCUGGGGAGGGCGAUGAGGACUAUUCUUGGCUCCGGCCCAAGAAGAGUCAACCUGCACCACGAACUACUAGUCAAAAGCCGUUUCCCCCUAGAGUAUGCCUUCACUCAUUCUCUGCACCUCCGCAAACGCUGCAACAGUAUCUUACCCCGCCGUCAGCGAAGCAUCGUUAUCCUUCACAUGUCUACUUCUCGUUCUCAACUACAAUAAAUGCCAGACCUGUCAAAGGUCAUGUUGGUAAGAUCAUGGAGACAAUUAGCGGGGCGCCUGAAGACAGGGUCUUGGUGGAGAGUGACUUGCACAUAGCAGGCGAGGAUAUGGAUAAGGCAUUGGAGGGUGCUGUAAGGCUGAUCGCGGGAGUUAGAGAGUUGCAGCUUGUUGAUUGUGCUAGAAAGCUCAGCGAUAACUGGAAGGGGUUUGUGUUUGGGCCGAGUGAUAACAAUGGAGUUGUUAGUAGAAAUUGA